GAGACCACGUGGCGCGUGCUGGUAACCGCUAAUUGUGGCUACAAAAACUGAAACUUUUCUUUUUGUAAGAAAAAAUAACUCCUUCCUUCACAGAAACAGCAAAAAGCUUCCAUUUUUGCACAUCAAACCGAUAAUUCGCGAGAGAUAAUCGGAGCAGAAUGAACAUUUUCCGGCUAGCCGGCGAUAUGACUCACCUCCUCAGUAUCAUACUCCUCCUCCUCAAAAUUCGCACCAUGAAAUCAUGCGCAGGGAUUUCGUUGAAGACUCAAGAACUUUAUGUUAUGGUCUUUCUCACUCGAUACCUGGACCUAUUUACCAGAUAUUACUCCUUCUACAACACUAUAAUGAAACUAGUAUUCAUUGGGACUUCAAUUGGUAUAGUGUGGUACAUCAGGUUUCAUAAAGUAGUCAAGCAAACGUACAACAAAGAUCAAGAUACGUUUCGGCACUAUUUUCUGAUUCCACCAUGUUUCUUAUUGGCUCUUUUGGUUAAUCCUCAGUUCACUGUGAUAGAGGUACUAUGGACUUUCUCCUUGUAUCUUGAAGCAAUUGCAAUUCUCCCGCAGUUGAUAUUACUGCAACGAUCAAAGAACAUUGAUAACUUGACUGGAAAAUAUAUAUUUCUUCUAGGAACUUAUCGAGCUUUUUACAUCAUCAACUGGAUUUAUCGUUUCUUUUUGGAGAAUCAUCAAGUUCGCUGGAUUCCUUGGAUAUCUGGCUUUGUUCAAACUGCUCUUUAUGCCGAUUUCUUCUACUAUUACAUAAAGAGUUGGAAGAACAAUGAGAAGCUCAAGCUCCCUGCCUGACAUAGUGACGUCGGUUCGAGUCAGAACUAGAAGGAAAAAGAGGGGGGAAAUGCUAUUCUGCAUAGACUGGACACCGGACCAUUACAAAACCCCGAGUUAUAGGGGAUCAGGGCACUGCACACCUUAACUCACCAUGCUUUUGUGUGUGUUUUCUACAAAUCUUUCCCUGUCACCAUAUAUAUAUAUGAUGGGGACUUACAUGUCCUGAUCUUUACACUAGUAUGUAGAGCAGUAACUCGCUUUUUGAGGCCUCAAGUGAAGUUCAUAUUUCGCUCCUUUUGGUUAUAAUUUUCAAAGCCAGUCACUUUACAGUUAUGACUUUCUUCCCCAUUUAAUGCUCUUGCAAAGUUUGGUUGCAUAUGAUAAUGUUAACAGA